AUGUAUUCAUCUUCCUUUGCCUUCUUUGAGGCGAUAUGGGAUGCAGGGGUUACACACUGCUUCGUCAAUUUGGGAUCGGAUCAUCCAGGCAUGAUCGAGGCCAUGGUCAGGGGCCAGCGAGAAGCCAAGACGAAAUUUCCGCGUAUUAUAACAUGUCCUAGCGAGAUGGUGGCGAUGUCCAUGGCGGAUGGCUACGCCCGUGUAACUGGGAAGCCGCAAUGUGUUAUUGUCCAUGUCGAUGUCGGCACCCAGGCCCUUGGUGUGGCCGUUCACAAUGCUUCAAGCGGCCAUGCUCCCGUCCUUAUUUUUGCCGGCAUGUCACCUUUCACCCAAGAAGGCGAAUUGCGCGGCUCCCGCACCGAGUUUAUUCACUGGCUGCAGGAUAUUCCGGAUCAAAAGGCCAUCCUGGGUCAAUAUUGCAAAUAUGCGGCAGAGAUCAAGACCGGCGUCAAUAUCAAGCAAAUGGUCAACCGUGCAUUGCAGUUUUCCCGGACCGCACCACAGGGCCCAGUAUAUCUCUGUGCUGCUAGAGAGAUUAUGGAAGCAGAAAUCAAGCCUUAUUCUAUCAAGCAGGAACAAUGGGAGCCUGUUGAACUGGGCGGUCUGUCCGCCAAGUCUGCGAGCCGGAUUGCCAAGUCGUUGGCUGGCUCCGAAAGGCCCUUGAUAGUAACGGGCUAUUCUGGUCGCAAUCACGGCAUUCCCGGCCUUCUGGUAGAGCUUGCAGACACCGUCAAAGCCUUACAGGUACUCGAUACCGGGGCCAGCGAUAUGUGUUUUCCCGGCAAUCACCCAGCAUGGCUGGGAGUCAAGCAGGGCUCUGAUGAUUCCAUUCCCAACGCCGAUGUCAUACUGGUGCUGGACUGCGACGUUCCUUGGAGUCCAACACGCUGCAAACCCAGCCCUGAUGCCACAAUCUAUCACAUCGAUGCUGACCCACUGAAACAGCGGAUACCACUCUUCUAUAUCGAAUCUGAAGCUCGAUUCUUAGCCGACAGCUUAACCGCUCUCACGCAGAUCGUUGACAAUCUCAGGACAGGCGAAGCGUCCAAGGUAUUAGCGACAAAGGCCCAAACUGCCGCAGAAGAGGCUCGUCUCCAGUCCUACACUGCCAAGAUUGAGCGUAUCACCAAGGCAGCCGAACCGUUUCCCGACAAUACUUUCGGCACAGGUCAUUUGAGCAAGGUGCUGCGCUCAGUGUGCCCCGAGAAUACGAUAUGGGCCGUUGAGGCCGUAACAAACACUAGCUUCAUACACGACAAUGUGAGGCCAACACUGCCAGGAUCCUGGAUCAACUGCGGAGGGGGCGGGCUUGGUUGGUCAGGCGGUGGUGCAUUGGGCAUGAAGCUUGCUGCGGAUGCCGAAGGAAAGGGCCAAUUCGUAUGCCAAAUUGUGGGUGACGGCACCUAUCUUUUCUCCAUGCCUAGCAGCGUGUAUUGGAUAUCCAAAAGAUACAACAUCCCCAUUCUGACAAUUGUGCUCAACAACAAUGGAUGGAACGCCCCAAGAAAGUCUUACAUGCUGAUUCACCCAGAUGGUGAAGCCGCUGAGGCUACCAAUGAGGAGAUGAACAUUUCUUUCGACCCACCACCCGAUUAUGCUGGCAUAGCAGCUGCAGCUGGGACGGGCGAUAUAUUCGCGCUGAAGGUGACAAAAGCUGAUGGUCUCGAGGCCGUUCUCAGAGAUGCAGUGGCCAAGGUGAAGGGUGGACAAACGACUGUCGUAGAUUGCAGAAUAGUGACGGAUUGCUGA